AUGUUCUCUUCCAAAUCCCAGCAAACCGGUUCUAGCUCAGGGAACGGGAGCGGGUUUUCAUUUGGAAACGGCAGUAAUUCCAACAACGGCUUUUCGUUUGGAAACACUAACAACAACAACAACAACGGCAGCACAAACAACGGCUUUUCAUUUGGAAAAAGCACCAGCGGCAUUUCAUCUGGAAAUAGCAACAGCAUGUCUCUUGGCAACGGUUCAUCACUUGGCAACGGCGCAAAACCUGCCCUAGGCAGUGGCUUGGGCUCCUCCACAGCAGGAAAUGCAUUGUUCAACAACUCCAAGCCAAGCAUCUUCGGAAACUCCGCAACAACGGGCCAGACGACGGCCAACGCACUCGGAAACGGCUUGGCUGGGUCGGGAUUCCACUUUGGAUCAGCAAAUGGCACCAACAACAACCCUGCAAGCACAAAUUCUACAAGUAGUCCGUACACGGCAGAUCUCAGCUCAAUGGCGUCAAAAAUGACAGAUAUGCCAAAGGCACUUACGCAGGCACCAUCCACCUUGGGAGGGCCGUCGUCGGGCAAGAGGAAAAGGUCGUCCUCGGUGGUUUCGGGGCCGGAGAACGCCGAUUACGUCAGAGAUGCAUCUAUUCCGUCUCUGGGCCGGAUUGGGCACUCCUUCGCAAGGGAUGCCGUGGAAAACGUGAGCGGCCUCUUCUCGUCACCGGUCCACGCUGCUUUCCCGCGGGAAAAUGGCACACAAAACAACCAGAGGCAGGCAGAGGGCGGCAUGGAAAAGUACGCAUCCUUACACCACAUCUCCGUGCAGCGGUCCGAAUACCGCCGCUUAGUGAUCACGCAUGCAAGAGAUGCGUACAAGGACUACAGCCGGAUCGACCCGAACAAGGUGAUACUCAAGAGCAUGAGCGUGAGUACGGGCUCAGGUGCUCGAGCUGUUGAUUUUAGGCCUCCCAGCAAGAAGGCGAGAGUUGGCGGCAAAGAUGAGUCGGAUAAUUUCGAGUUUGUGCCGACGAUCGUGGUGAGGGAGGAUGAAGUGGAUGGAAAACAUGGAAAGGAGGAAAAACGUGAAAUAGAUGGAAAUGGAAUAGAUGGAAGACAUGAAAUGAAAGAAAAACUUAAAACAGAUGGAAAACAGAAUAAGCAACCAUCCAAGCUCAAGCCUCCAACCGGGUACUGGUGUACGCCGUCUCUCAACGAGUUGGCAAAGAUGAACGUGUCGCAGUUGGCAAGCGUGAAAGAUUUUAGUGUGGGGAGAAAAGGAAGCGGCCAGAUGAUGUUUAGAUCACCAGUGGACCUCACAGAGUUCGAAGGCAGGUGGAACGAGUUGCUUGGUGAUGCGAUCGUGUUCAAGAACAAGCUCAUUUGCGUGUACAAGACGGACGAGGAGAAGCCGGAGCCCGGAAACGGGUUGAAUGUGCCGGCAACGGUUUCAAUCAGUGGAUGCUAUCCGAAGGAUGCGAAAACCAAGAAGCAGAUCACGGAUCCGGACUACCCGGGGCUCCCGAAGCACAUUGAGCUGUUGAGGAGUUACUGUGGAAUGGAGUUCGUGAACUAUGAUGCGUUGACGGGCACAUUUACGUUCAAUGUGGAGCACUUUAGCAUCUGGGGGAUGGUGGACGAGCAGGAGGAUGAGCCGGCGGAUGUCCAGAGGUUCCAGCGGCAGCAGCAGCGCGAGAGAGUGCUGCAGGGGGAGGCCGAAGAGAGGCAGAGGAGGGCUCUGGAGAAAGUUCAGGGGGUAGAGGAAGAGAUGUGGGAGAGGGAAGAAGAGAAGAAAGAAGAAAAUAAAGAUAAAGAUAAAGAAGACAACACCUUUGCCCCAUCAAGUAUCAUCUCCAACGACCACUUCUUCGAUGCACACAGUUUGAGCGAUCCCGGAUCGUCGGAGGACGAUUUCGGGUCGGUGAUCGACACCAAGGCAUACGAGCCGGAAAUCAACAACAAGGAGAUGCUGGCGAUCAGCUCGGCACCGCAGUAUGCCGUUGCCGGAACGUGGGACGACCAGAUCCGGCUGGCUUCCGGCUUCCACUCGGUGUUUAACGAUAAUCUGGAGGAUGCCGACGGCAUGCAGCUCGACAAAACAAACGUGAACCGCGUUCUUUUCGACAACGACAAACCAAAAAGCUGCCUCAGCAACAACAAGCCGGUGCACAAACCGGCAUUCGCCCAGGCCCCGGCAUUCGCAAAAUUCCUAAAGCUCGAAAAAGCACAAAACACGUUCCAGGCCAGGCCGGAUGGGCAGGUGCCACUCGUUGGUUUCGACACGACACCAUCAUUGCGCACAGCCUUGGACGCGUUUGGGCAGUGCUCGCAGUACGAAGGGUGGCAUUUGCUUGCGAUUUUGUUCGACAACGAGUACUGUUUCUCGCACUUGCCCGAUCCGGAUGCCCGGCUGUGCCAAACACAGCCCUUGCUUCGGCCGAGACUCGAGGAGUUGAAGCGCCGCGAGCUGUUGUGCCGCUGGCUUGCCGAUUUGUGCACCCCGGGACUUGAGCACAAGAUGGCCACCACUUCAGACAAACUCGACACCGUGUUCUAUCUCACGUGCCUGGGAAAGGUGGGCGAGGCGGUGCAGGCGGCAAUCCGGGGCGGAAAUCCGGAUCUGGCGGUGCUGAUCAGCAUGAUGGACUCGAACGACCAAACAGUGAAGAAUUUGGCCAGGGACCAGCUCGAUGACUGGUCGAAAUCGGGUUCCUUGCAGCUCAUCCCUGCACCAGUGGUCAAGAUGUACAAACUACUGGCCGGCAUGGUGUUGUCGGACUCGUACAUUGAUCACCUAUUGGGUCUCUCGUGGCCUGUGGUACUCCUGCUUCUCCUCCAGUACGGAGACACCAAUCUGCCCUUGAGCGAUGUGAUUCGGGACUUCGUCGGCUACCUCGAAACUCACGACCUGGCGCCGGUUGACGGGCCUCAGAGCACCAUCACGUACUACCGGCUGGUGAAGAUGUUCAUGGAGCCUGCACAGACCCUUUGCAAGUUCGAUCUUCAGACGCAGUUUGCACUCGUGAAGAAGUUGAACGUGUUCCUCAGCUUGGAUGUCCGCUCUGCCGACGAGAUAUGCAGGCAGUUUGCACACAAGCUUGUGGAAAAUGCAAUGUACGAGGAUGCCAUCUUCGUCUGCGAGCAUCUCUCACUCGAGAAAGACUGCACUGAUGAGAUCACUGCCAUCAUCGAUGCCCACAUAGACCGCAUGGGCUUCCUCAACGAUGCGGCCACCUUGGAUAGGUUGAACCGCUCGCUUCACCUCUCUCGCGACCUCUUGAACAGGGCCCGGGCCACCCGAUUUUCCGCAAAGAGCGAGUUCGAGUCUGCAACCAGGGCCCUAAUCGCCGCCCACUCGCUAGAAGAAGCCCACAGCCUGGCAAUCCAGCACGUGGCUCCCCAGUACAUCAUUCAGGAGUCGUAUCUUGACCGGUUGCAGCAACUUCUGGGGCACUUUGCCUCUGUUCCGGGCUGGAGCACAGGAGGGGCCAUCUACAGCGAUUACUGCACACUGGGCAAGUACUCUGGUGCUGGAAAUGUGCAUGGAAUCAGCCAGCUGGUGCCCAGGCUGCUGAACGAGCUCUCGCUCUUGAAAGAAUUGAACUUCAGCGUCAAAGUGGCCAAAACGUUGAUGUACAAGCGGCUCAUCGGCACUGCGUUCAAGUUCCACAUAGAUGUGGCUAAUUCGCAGCUGCUGGCUCUAGAACUUCCGCCUAGUGAAACUAACUACUUGAAGAACAAGCUUUCAAAGGAGGGUGGGCCAAAGCUCUUGAUGUAG